GAUGUUCCCUGUGUGCCUGUGUGACAGAGAUUGGGUGGGGUCCCCUCUAGCGCUGGUUCUGGGCUCGGGGGGGCGGCGAAGAGCCGAGGGACAGCUGAGGUGUCUCCGGAGCCGGUGCCUCAGCGAUGAAGAGGAUUUUCCGCUUCGGGAGGAGGAAGAGCGAUCCGUCCCUGAGCUCCGGCAGGGCCGGCGGGUGGGGGUACCUCCUCUGGGACCAGGACCUUGGCAAGAUCCACAGGGCCGCCAGUCGCGGCAAAGUGGCCAAAGUGCAGCAGAUCCUGUUGCUCGGAAAAAAUGGCGUGAAUGACAAGGACAGAAAGAACAGGACCGCUCUGCAUCUGGCCUGUGCCAAUGGCCAUGCAGAAGUGGUAACUCUCCUGGUAGAGAGAAAGUGCCAGCUGAACCUCUAUGACGGUGAACAUAGGACAGCUCUGAUGAAGGCUGUACAAUGCAAGGAAGAGGAAUGUGCAACCAUUCUGCUACAACAUGGUGCUGACCCAGAUAUUAUGGACGCCAGUGGCAACACGGCUCUCCACUAUGCUGCCUGUGCUCAGCAUAUACCACUAGCAGCCAAACUGCUUUCAUACAAUGCAAAUAUUGAGGCAAGAAACAAGGAUGACUUCACACCACUUUUACUUGCUGUAGAUGAAAACAAACAGCAAAUGGUGGAAUUUUUAGAAAAGAAAGAAGCAAAUAUACAUGCAGUUGAUAAGGCAAAAAGUGGGAAAAACAAACAUUGAAAUAGAAGUGUUGGGGAUGAAGAAGAAUCAAAGAACAGGUUCUUGUUACUUUGACAGAAAUAGACCUGAAGUGCACUCAGAACCCACCUGUCCCACGACUACCCACGAGCCAGCUGUUGGCCAUGGACUGGCUUAUUUUCUUCAUUAAAAGCAAACAAACAAAAAACACAUUCUCUCAGUAAAUCUGAAGGUGUUUGCAUUCACUGUCUUAGAGUUGGGAGGCAUUUUUCUUGUUAUGUCAUGUUAUGUUUUGUUAUGUUUGGAGUCUGUUUG